CAUAUUACAAUCUCUUAUCUUCCUGUUCUUACCUUAUUCAAAAGAAUUAUUUUAAUGUCAAAUAAUGAUAUUAAAACCCUUUAUUAUGAUAAAUAUAUUACUCAUUCUAGUAUUAUUAAUAUCACAAAAUUAAUUCUUCCAUUUUGUACAAAUAUUACUCAUCUUUUUCUUAGAAUAUUUCAAAAAGAACUUUGUGCUAUCAUUUCAUUUUUGAAAAGUUUAAAUCAUCUUAUUUUCUUAAAGUUGGAUUGGGAUAAUUAUCUUAAAAUUACUCAAAUUUCUGAAUUGGCUCUUUCAUUUUCUUCUUCUUUACAAAUUUUGGAAAUUUUGGAGAUUGAUUCAUCUAUGAUUGUUACAAUAUUGAGAACUUUAUUUCAAAAUAUGCAAUGUGAACUUAAAGAAGUUAGUAUUUGUAUGGGUUCUUGUAUUCAUGAUGAUAUAUUAAAUACAAUCAUAGAUUAUGCUAGAAGUAAAAAUAAUUCCUUAAAAGUUUUUAGAUACUCAAUUAUAACUUCAUAUCGUUAUUUUUGUUAUCAAAAACUUUCAAAAGAUGUAUUAGAAGAAGCCAGGAAUUUAUUCACAAUUGAUGAUAAUCCUGAACCUUUUAAAAGAAGUUUUAUUGAACCAAUUUACUAAUAUUAGUAUAUAUUGAAAAUUAUGAAAAUUAAAUUUAUUUGCUUCAGUACAUAGGUUUAUAUAGAUUUUUUGAGAAUUUGUUAUUGCAGAUUUAUUACCUCAUAUUGAAUAAAAGAUAAAUUAU